AUGUGCCUAUGGUCGUCGACGCAAGAAACACUUCGAGUGCGCGUGCUCCAAAUGUCUUCUCCGUUCACUUACCGAGUCAAAUCUGCAGAACGCGCUCACAUCUCAGGUGUUGUAGCCGCUCGAGGAGACGUCGUCGCUAAAGCGCAUGAUGUAAACGCAGCUUUGUACACAAGGGACGCAUUGGCAAUAGGUAUUAGUGUUGAGCCCUUAAGCCAAAUUACAGACAUUAAGAACCAGGCCAUCUACGACCGUCUCUUUUCCUGGGUCGUGCAAAAGAUCAACGAGUCGAUAACCGUGGAGCAAACAUCACGUUACAAUAAGGGCACCGUCAUCGGUGUACUUGACAUUUAUGGAUUCGAAAUUUUCGGCACUAACAGCUUCGAACAACUGUGUAUCAACUACUGUAACGAGAAACUGCAACAAUUAUUCAUUGAACUCGUACUGAAACAGGAACAAGAGGAAUACGAACGAGAAGGCAUCAAAUGGUCCAAAAUCGAUUAUUUUAAUAAUAAAAUCAUCUGUGAUUUGGUGGAAAUGCCACGAACCGGCAUUUUGUCCGUUCUUGACGACGCCUGUGCCUCUGUUGGAAAUGUGACCGAUCAGUCACAUAAACAUUAUACCAGCCGUGGACUGAAACAAUCCGAGAAGAGCAUCAAAUUCGACGAGUUCAGGGUCACACACUAUGCUGGCGAUGUCACCUACUCUGUGAAUGGCUUCAUGGACAAGAAUAGAGACACAUUGUUCCAAGACCUGAAACGGCUUCUGUUCAAUAGUAAGAGCACCCUCCUGCAUUCGCUGUUCCCUGAUGGCUCGAAGUCAGUGACGGAAGUGAACCGCCGACCACCUACUGCCGGCUACCUCUUUAAGGUAAGCCUCAUCAACCUAUUUAGCCCCUUUAUUAAGAAGCAGUAA